UUAGUCGCGUGCGAGACACAAGAACGAACAGACAAAACGUUUAUCAGGCACCGCAUUAGUGUCAGUUGUACAUAUCGUCAAUAUUCUUACUGUGUGGACCGAUAUUGUUUUUGGCACUUUAGGUUAAGUAAAAAAAAUAAAUAAAAAAUAAAAUAAAUAAAUAAACGAAAGUGAGAGAAAGAUUGUAAUGGACGGUCAAUCGGUCGUUCGCGUGCAUUACAUUUUAUCGUGAUAAUGGCCCAAAAGCACUACACACCUUUACAUAUCAUAUAAACAGCAUCCCAUAGUUACACAUACAUAAGCAGAAAGAUGUCUAAAUAAUACGAAACUUUUAUCGGGAAGAUCGAUCGAUCAUUAUCACUUAUUUUCUAAUCAAUGUUUGUUGUGUGAGAGUGAAAGCAAAGGCGAAUAAAAUAAAGAAAUAAGAAAAUAAAUAAUAAUAAGAAAUAACAAAAAGAAAGAAGGAAAACACACUAAACUUGUUUUAGGCUCUGCAAAGGCUUUGCAACAUCGACAUGCGAUAAGUACCUAUGGAUCACGCUCUUGAUUGCUUCUGCGAAUGCGAAGCGAUAAAAGAAUAUUAAAUAAAUUGAUCAGCAAUCAAAUAAAGAAUUCAAACAAAAAAAAAUAAAGAAAAAGAAAAAAAAUAAAUAAAAAUAAAAAAACCAAAAGGAAAUAAAUUAAAAUGACUGUAGAGACUUUGAAACCAUUCAUAACACCUACAAGUGGUGUUGACAAUUUUUCUUUGGCGAAUCAUAAAAGUAACGCCUGCUCAUCGUCCAUAACGCAACACACUCGUCGUUCUUACUUCCUGAUAAAUAUUACAAGUGCUUUGGCAAUUGUUUUGACUUUUGUACUCUUGGGUGUUACGAUCUGGCAUUUAAUACUUAUAACGAAUUUAAGAUUCGCUAAUGAAAAUAACACGAACAGUAUUAAAGAGCUUCAAAAGGAAGUCGUUACACUCAACAAGAUCAUUGAAAGUCUACAGAAACGAUUGGGUAUACCAUAUCUCGAUGAUUUAGAUGAUUUUGAAGAAGAGUAUAAAAAUGUUGUUGGAGGUCUCUUUCCCGACAGUUACGAUAAGUUUAAAGAUAAAGAUCUUGAGAAGGAGAACACAGAAAGUGAAGGAGAAGAUUAUGAAGAAGACAUCGUUUUAGAAGAGGACGAUCUCAAUGAUAAUGAUAAUGAUGGUAAUGAUGACGAUGAUGAUACUGACGAUGGUACUGAUACGGAUGAAGACGAUGUUGAUGACUAUGAAAGUUAUGAUGAUUUAAUGGAGAAAUUCCGCAAUUAUGAGAAUGAGGAGAAUAAUAAUAAUGAUAAUAAUGACUCGCGCAUCGUUAAUGACAAUUUAUAUGAUGAUUUUGAGAAAUAUAAAGAUUCCAAAAAUAAAAAUAAGCAAAGAGAAAGGAAACCGCGUGCUCUAAUGCAUGAAGAUGCGCGACAACAAAGCGGAAGCGAUGAUUUGGUAGAAGAUGUCAUACCAAAGCAGAAAACCACUAUAAUAAGGCCGAGCAAAUCUUUCAUUAGCAAUGGUAGGCAUAAUCACAAACAUUCACCCAUGCGUCAUUACGGAUCCCGAAGACGUAAGGUACCAACAGUUAAAAGUGCGAAAAAUUCAGCUUUAAGCUCAGCUAAUACUUUGCUCAUUAGUAAACCUGCUGCACAUUUUCAUUUAAAUCGUAAAAUCCCCGACGCUCAUUCGUCCCUAAAAGUCAACUCUUAUGGAGGCGAUAUGUAUAUUGGACAUACUAGCUGGACUAAUGAAGUGAAUAUCGAUCAAUAUUUUCAUAUCGAAAAUGGUGUCUUGACUAUUCGCGAAUCGGGUAUUUAUUAUGUUUAUGCUCAAGUAUGUUAUAAUAACACGCACGACCAUAAUGGUUUUGUUGUAUUUCACGGCCAACGACCGUUUUUACAAUGCCUUCAAACUGUACCCACUAAUAUGUCAUUGAAAAUUCAUACCUGUCAUACGAGCGGUUUAAUAUAUUUAAAAACACAUGAAAAAUUACAUUUAAGAGAUUUUCAUAGUGAACGUGAUGCGGUUUUGAAGGAUUCAAACAAUAGAAGUUACUUUGGCUUAAUGAAAAUCUGAAAAAGAAAACAACAACAACAACAACAAAAGUGUAGCAAUGAUAAGCAUUAGAUAUAUUUAUGCAUUUUUUUAAAUUAUUAUCGAAUCAUUAUUUUCAACUGUCUUGUUAGCUGCAUAUACAUAUAUAUAUAUAUAUAUGUAUAUAUGUGUAUGUAUAUAUAUAUAUUACGAAAAGAACAAAACCACACUCCCACGCAUAACACGCG